UAUGAAAAGGUGUUCGAAAUGUAUUUUCCAAACGAUCAUCAUCAAUUUAUCAAUUUAUUAUAUUGAUUGAAUGUAUUUUUACAUGAAGACCUAAAUUACAAUUCAAGCAUGAUUGGUCAAAUAUGUCUACAACGACAACAAGUACCAUCAUUUUACAUGAUGAUCCAUGGUUCCGUAUCCUACGAUAUAUAUACGGUAAUUUCGGUGUACCACUGUAUCCUUAUCCAUGGUCAUCAAACAAUGAUAAUCGUAAACAUAUAGUUCGAUGGGUAAAUUUUCUUUUAAAUACCAUAUUGAAUUUGAUGGCAUGUCAAACGCUUUCACCGCAGAAUGUAUCCAGCUAUUAUCAUGAUAUAAUAAAAAAAUAUCAUCAAUAUGGUUUAUUACCCAUGUAUAUGUUUCUGAAUAUUCUUCUAAUAAGACCGUCUAUUUUUAUUGGUUAUUGGUUCGUAUAUUCUACACGUGUCUUUCGUAUAGUCGAAUUAUUGAUGCGUAAAGAUUGUUUCAUUGUACGAUUAUCAAAUCAUCGAUGCUAUAUAUGGAUUUUUACUAUGGUUUUGUUUCAUUUAAUAUUUCUAUUUUAUUAUCGUUUGGAUAUAGUGCUGACCAUUUUUCAUCAAAUUGCAUUCGAUCCAAUUCGAUUGUUGAUGAUAUAUAUUGUAUAUGAUUCUUAUUCUAUGAUAACAUGGUCUUUAUUUUGUUAUCAUCAGGUAUUGAAUAUUCUUACAUUACGAUGGUAUUUAAUGGCUAUAUCGCAACAGCAACAAAUCAAUCAUCCUAACAAUUAUUAUCAAUGUCAUGCAAUCAUUAAAUCACUAGAAAAAUUCUCUCGUGUAAACAUUGAAAUUCGACAGCUUUUCUCUCCACUUUGGAUCAUUCAACUGACAAUAGUUUGUUCAUCACAUUUCAAUACCAUCAUUCUGUUAUUUAUCGAAGGUUGGCAACGUCGAUGGCACAAGAUUCAUCGGGACAUUCUUGUAACAUUUAUUUGGAUAACGUUGGUUAAUCUUAAUCAACAAUCAUUAUCGAUAUUCGAUCAGAUUAACAAUCGAAUUCGUCAGAUGAUGAUUACACCACGAUCAAUUUAUGAUCAUCGAAAACAACAACAAAUCAAACAAUUUCGACGAUCACAAAAAUAUCUUCAGCAAAGUCGUUAUGUAGAAUUUGAAUUGUUAAGAAAUGAUUUUGAAAUGAUCAUCUAUGAUAAUACUCUACACAUCCACUCGGUUCUUUUUCUAGAACUAAUUGCAUUUGUCAUUUACUAUGUAUGCAUUAUUCUUCUAUCUUGA